UGAUGUAGUUCAGAAAUUAAACUUUGAAAUUUCUAAUUUAAAACCUGGGUUAUUACUCUGACUCCAGGAAUCUUCUAUAGUCACAGCAUGAAACCCCAAAGUGCUUUGAUAUCAUGUAAUUAUUUAAAAGAGUAAACAUCUGUAGACCUUCUUUUCUUUGUUGAUUUGAUGGAUACAUUACUUACUUUUUAAAUUGAUUAUAUCACUAAUCUAUGUUUUCAUCACAUCAUGUUAUUCAGGUCCAAUAUUGUUGGUUGCUGAUUUCUCUAAAUCUCUUACUGGGAUUAUCUCUAAACUGUGGGUUCCCUGCAAUUCCCCACCCUGACUUUCCUGUCUGUGGACAUGGAGGUGGACAAUCGCACCAUCCUUACUGAAUUCAUCCUCCUGGGCUUCACAGAAGACCCCCACUGGCAGAUGAUUCUAUUUGUAAUAUUUCUAUCCAUCUAUUUCAUGACCUUGUCAGGAAAUAUGACCCUGAUUAUCUUAAUCCGUAUUGAUUCUAGGCUGCAUACGCCCAUGUACUUUUUUAUAGGUGGUCUAUCUUUUUUGGACUUCUGGUAUAAUUCUGUGUACAUACCUAAAAUCUUGGUCAAUUGUAUCUCAGAAGAUAAGAGUAUUUCCUUGGCCGGUUGUGGGGCUCAGUUUUUCUUUUCUUGUGUAGCAGCCUAUACUGAGUGCUACCUGCUAGCUUCCAUGGCCUAUGACCGCCAUGCUGCAAUUUGUAGUCCAUUGCUUUAUUCAAGCAUCAUGUCAACUUCUCUCUGUACUGGGCUAGUGGCUGGGUCCUAUGUAGGAGGGUUUUUGAAUGCUAUAGCCCAUACUGCAAACACAUUCAGGUUAAGUUUCUGUGGUAAAAAUAUUAUUGAUCACUUUUUCUGUGAUGUGCUUCCAUUGGUAAAAAUGUCCUGUACAGACACUCGUGUCUACGUGAAAAUCCUUUCUAGCAUGGUGGGCUUCACUGUACUCUCUAGUAUUCUUGCCAUCCUCAUUUCUUAUUGCAACAUUCUCCUUGCUAUCUUGAGGAUCCACUCAGCCUCAGGAAGACAAAAGGCAUUCUCUACCUGUGCCUCUCACCUGGUCUCUGUCACCCUUUUCUAUGGCUCCUUGCUCUUCAUGUACUCAAGGCCUAGCUCCAACUACUCCUUGCAGAGAGACAAAGUGGCUGCCAUGUUCUACACCAUCAUCAAUCCAUUACUCAACCCUUUCAUAUAUAGCCUGAGAAACAAAGAUGUUAAAGAAGCUUUUAAGAAGUUGAUACAGAAUAUACAACAACAAACAUGAAGUCUGCCUUUUAUGUAUCAUGGUUAUUUAAAAACUCACUUAUAGACUUGCUUGCGUGUAUUUCUAUCAUAGUUAAAGUUGAAACAAUGUAGUAAUAGCAUUGAAAGCCUUAACAACCUUCUUCUCAAUAUGAUUAAUACAGUCUUGCUACUUAAAAUUUUCCAAAUACAUAAUAAUGAGUCUAUCUGCAAUACAAUUGUUAAUCAAUAACAUCCCCUUUUUUGGUUGGGAUGACCAUGGCAAAAGAAUGAAAUAAAAAGAGUCCGAUUGUUUUCUCUCAGUUAGUUUGACUAUGAAGUUUUGUACAUGAACUGUAUCAGAUGUAGAAAUGAUUCAAAAUGGUUAGAUUGCAAAAAAAAAUGUUCAAGGUUUUAUAUAUUAGUAUUCUUAGUAAGAUGUCUUUUAAAUUCUUCCUAUAACUGUAAUUAAACAGAUAAAACUUGAUUGUGUAAAACUUCCAUUUUCUGCACUAGGAUAUUAAUACACAUGUUCUUAAGAUAUAUUUUGGGUUAAAUAGCAAUAAAGUACUGGAGACAUGGCUCAGAGAUUAGAGUAUGUAUUGUCCCUUCAGAUGACCAGAGGUCAGUGCCAGUACUCACAACAGGUGGUUCACAACUGCCUAUAACUUAAGCUUCAGGUACAUCUGAUACCUCUGGCCUAUAUAACCACAUGUAAAAAAGGUGUAUAUACCCACACUCAAACCCAGACAACAUAUGUAUAAUUCAAAGUAAAAAAAGUUUUUAACUAAGUACUAAAAAAUAAAAUAUUCUAAACCUGAGACCAAAAACACAUUUUAGUUUCUUACUUUAACCUAAGAUUAUAAAUUCUAAUAUUUAUGAUUUACUUUAAUAUAAGUCCCAUUGAAAUAAAAUAUUAUAAUUAAACAGAAAAGGCAUAUAUAAGGUAACAAAUAUUCAGCUGUGUUCUGACCCUAUGAUUGUUUUCUUUCUCCAGGUAUUUUAUGUCAACUCACAGUUAAAUGUUUGUCAUAAUUGAGAGUUUCAGUCGAUAUUUUAGUUAUUCCUUUUAACAUUGUAAUUGAAAUAUUCAAAAUCAUAUACUUUGCAAGUGAAGAGCCUAAAACUCAACGUUGGAACUUCAUUAUUUGAAAGAAAAUUGGUGUUGUGAGAAUGACCUAAUUAUGCUAUACAGUUAAUUUUCAGUUGGUAUUUUAGAAAUGAAGUAUUAGACCGUACUACUCUUUGUAAUAGACCUGGAUUCUCCUCUUCAAUGGUACAUUAUUACCCAUAAGACACAGUAUUGCACAGUUCACAUUGUAGUCUUGCCUAUAAUGAUAAUACAAAGGAUACAAGUAAUGUCCUUCUUUUUCAAUGUAUUACCAUAUAAAAACUUUGAAAAUAGAUUUUUCUUAUACAAUACAUACACAAUGUAUCUUGUUUAUAUUUCCUUCUCCUGUUACAAUUGCCCCUCAGUCCCUCCCUACUGUCCCUCCCAUCCAGAUCCACUCACUUUCUGUCUCUCAUUAGAAAAUAACAGGCUUCUAAGAGAUAACAACAAGCAUAGCAAAAUAAAAUACAAUAAAGAUAAAACAAAAACCAUUGUAUCAAAUUUGGACAAGGCAACCCAACAGAAGGAAAAGAGCCCAAGCGAAGGCACAAGAACCAGAGAUCCUCAUUCACAUACACUCAGAGUCCCAUACAAAUACUCAACUGAAAGCUAUAAUAUAUAUGCAUCAGAUCUAGUGCAUAUCAGUGCAGGCCCUGGGAUAACAGGACAUACGUCAACAUAAUAAAAGCAAUAUACAGCAAGCCAACAGCCAACAUCAAAUUAAAUGUAGAAAAGCCUCAAUCCAAUUCCGCUAAAAUCAGGGACAAGACAAGGCUGUCCACUCUAUCCAUACCUCUUCAAUAUUGUCCUUGAAGGAUAACAUUUAUAAUGCAGUUAGAAAUUGUAUUUCUUUAGGGAAGUGGCAGCAGCAGGUUCUCCACUAGGCUGUAUUGGCUCACCACCUAUAGGUUUGUAGUAACAAGCACCAAUUACCUCCAAUUGAGUGUCCCUGAAGUAGAAGUAGAUGGUUGUUUGUUAUCUGUAGAGUAGAAGUGACAUUAAUGUACAUUUCAGGACUUCUUGGUCUGAUGGAUAUGGAUAUUGUAGUGUUCAUAGGUAUUUUCUUCUUUGAAGAAACUCAUGUGAUUUUAAAUAACAUUUUUUGGUAUGAAAAUAAAAGUUUGUCAUUCAUUUUGGAUAUCAUACAUGUCCUCAGUCUUUUUCUGAAAUCUACCUUAUGAGCAACAGUAGAGGCCUGCCUUGAAAACCUGGGUACCAAACAUACUUGUUAUUGCUAGAGACUAUAUUAGCCUAUAAGUGUAUGCCAAUCAGAUAACACACUAUUCUAUUCUCUAAACUCAUACCUUUGAAUUGUAAUCUCAAAGUACAUUUGCACAAAAAACAUUAAGUUGUAACAUUUUUAUUUAAAUAUAACUUGUGUUGCAUCAAGCUUUUGCAUAAGUAGUUGCAGUGUGAAUGGUAGAACAAUAGGCUGCCUUGUGAUGUAACACACAAAUGCACUUUUCUCUACGCAAAGAAAGCUUAUCAAAAUGAAAUGAAGUAGCACAACUUUUUCAUAAAACAGUAGGCCUAGUUAUAUCUAGUUCAUAUAUCUGUGGAUUUCAAAAAAGUCAAAUAUAACUGAAAAAUGGUAUUAAGUUGUAGGUUUUUAAAAAUAAUAUGAAAUCAAAAGAUGCAAAUAUUCUUGAAUAUUUUUUUCUCACAGAACUUCUAUUUUCUCAUUACUUCAUUGUGCUAGUGGGGUCUGUUGUUUCAACCUUCAAUAACAAGAGAUAUUUGUUUUCUCACUCAUUCCUGAUGGCUGCUUGACUUCGUGUGCUCAUAUUGUUAUUAUUCUCAUCACAUACUUUUCUAUAAUAUUCAAUAUUUUUAUUUCUCAUAGUCAGAAAAACUAAUUCCCUUUGCCAAUGUUUUGGCAUUGGAGAGAAAUGGGAAAUUUUAUCUUUUUUUCAUAGCUACUCAAAUGACAGCUUUAUAGAAAGAUAUGAUAAAGCCAAAGCACACAUACUGUCUAAUAUCUGUGUUUAUACCCAUAGAAGUGUAUGGGGAUUAGGAUUGGAAGAUGGCAGGUGGAGUGGGCGGACAGGAGAAGAAGGAACUGGGAUUGACAUUAAGAAAAAAAAAAACUGUCCAAAGAUAACCAGUGAGCUCUGUCAACUCCAUUUGCCUGCUCCAUGGAAGUCAAACUUUGAUCAUGGAGAAGCUCAUGAGGCCUCAAGUCUACUCAAAGAACUACAGGCAAGUAAGCUCUGGACCUAGAGUUGGGCUUUGGGAACUGAAACUUUGAAAAUGGACCACCUACUUUCUAGAUGAACUAAGCUGACAAUCAUGAGUCUCAUUGUGGCCAACUCUGAAGUAGAAAAUUAAUAGUUCUUCUGAUGGUGUGAUGCUCAACAAGAGCUUCAUAAACACCCUUAAUUUGAAGAAACAAAAUUCCUCUCAUCAAGGUGGUCAUCUGAAUUCUGUGAACUACUCUUUCCUUGGUCUGUGCACAGAAGCUAAUGCAGAGACUCAUAAUUGGUCAAAGUGCUGAGAAUAAGGGAUUGUGUGUAUUCAGACACAGAUGGGCAAUCUAUAUCAACCCACACCCAACUGGAGCUCAGAGAAGUGUUGUUGGAAAGAAUAUAAGACAAGAAGGAUGAGGAAGAGAGCUGUGAAACAUUGUCUUCUGGUUAUUUGAUGGUCAAUGCAUGCAUCAACUCAGAGCAGCUAUGAUUUCCUUCACAAGACUUCUACAGAAUUUCAGCAAGGAUGGGGAAGGGCUUCUAUGGCUCCUCUCCUACUUGAGAAGGGAUUGGCAGCUGGUGGUUUCUGAGAGAGUGUCACUUUUCUUUCAGGAUGUGCCUGCCUCUGGGUUAUCCAUACUCCAGUGGAUACCAGCACAGCCAUUUGCACAUGGUCAGAACUCAUUGAAGCUUGGGGACUAAUGAAUAUAAUAAUAUGUAAUAAAUAGGAUAUGAAUUCAUUGAAAGAUGAGUUGAUGAAUACUAGUAGAAGAUGGAGGAAAGUGGUUAAUAUCCAAAUGCAUUGCAUAUGUGAAUGAUAUUUUCAAAGAACAAAUAAAAAUAUUUAAAAAGGA